AUGCCCAAAGACCCUCUCAACCUCAACUCAACACCGCAAGCCCCUGAGGCCAUCCACUUGCGAAGCUGCCUGGCACCGCAAGCGGACGCCACCCCCGCGCACCCCGACUGCUUGAAGCAGAAGAGCCGGGAGCAGAUUUUGAAAGCCAGGUGGCAAUUCGGUGAACUCAGGUCCAACCAGAUGGAUGAGCUUGUGUCCAGGCCGUCCGCAGAAGAGUUGCAGCGGGAGCUGGCAGAAGUCCAGCGAAAGCUGCAGGCAAAGAAUCUGGAGCUGCAGCAGCAGAUGAAGGCGCAUCCGAGCCGGUCAAUGGAUUAUGCGGACCAGGUUGUCACGCAAUACGAGCGGCGCGUGAAGGAUCUCAUGGAUCAGCUGCAGGCGAAGUGCAGCGAGGUGUCAGGCCUCAAGGAGAAGUUGGGUGCGCAAGAGCUGCAAAUGCAGAAAACCCUCCACGAGUCGCGUGGCAUUUCAGCUUCCUUGAUGCCGGAGAGGGGCCUCGUCAACGCACUGGAGUUCGAGGAGACCAUGACCGUCAGUUUCACCUUAACAGAGCAGCUCUCCGCCAGUCACGAGCGACGCAACACACAGCCAAUGGCCAGCAUUAGCGGGCUGAAGGUGUCAAACGUUUAUCUCGUGUCUUGGGGAGGCCAAUUCUUCAUGAAAGGGCUGUUCACACGGGGCCGAAGAGAAGAGGAAGUCGCUAUCCUCAAGGAGCACUUGCAGGUAAAGAGCGAAGAGAUCAAGCAAAUCUGCGCGGCCCGGCCUUUUCAGAGGCAGUUGCAGGACCUCCAGGAGCAGCUGGCGGCCCAGGAGGCUGCGCGCGAUGACGCCCAGAAGUCGGAGGCACGAUCCCGCACGGAUCGGCGCCAAAGUGGCGGAGCUUUCGACGAGCCACCAUGGCUGGAAGAUAAGGUAGCACGAACGGAACGCACGGAAGAGGAAGAGGGAGAUGUGGGUGGUGUGGCAGGAAAGGGAGGAGGAGAGGAGAAGUCGGGGACUGAGAGUUUGAAGUCUCCACACUUCGGCUGGUUUGUGGGAGCGGGAACUGCGGCCCUCCAGCAGCGCAUGCAGGAGGUUCGCGGCCAGCAGGAGGACAUGGCAGCGGCCUGGAGGUGCCAGUGCUUCCGUCAAGUUGGCAGCAUGUCAACCGCGUCAUGGGAGGUUGCCGAGUCGCAGGUAUCCGGGAAGGCAGAGGCAGCCUCAUCCAUCAUCCCGGCGGCUCGUAGCACCGUGGCUGUUUUGCAACCUGCGGAAUUGCAAGCUGCAAACAAAUUUGUCAAACAACUCCACGACGACGUCGAUCCUUCCAAGAGCAAGCUUGCGGAUAGCUUGGAAAAUGUUGGGCAGAGAAGUCUGGGAAAAGUGUCGUUUUUGCAACAGCACCUUCCAGACAAGCUAAAGCACAUCCAGAAAGAAGCGGAGGGAGUCAGGGAUGUGCUGGGCACGCACACUGUCGCAUCCCUCGGACAUUCAUCGUUCUCUGACGAGGACAUCAAGUAUAACCAAGCGGCAUUGACAAAGAUGCAAGAUCAGCUUUGCAACGGCGGCCUGAGCAAGUUGCUCAGCGAAGUGCAGGCAGGUGAGAAAGACUUUGCGGGGAACCAGGGAGGGUACGAGCAGAGCAUCAGUAAAGAGGAGUUGCAGUGGCGUAAGCGUCACUCUUGGGCCAAGGGAUUUGGCUGGCUUUACACAGCCGUCGCAUUCGUGAAUCCUGACGUGGUCUCCAAAGAUGUCACCUUCGGCAUUGGUGCUUUCCUCGCCAUGUUGGGAGCUCGGUUCUCGCCCCGUGUUCGGUGGUACUCGAUUGCCGGAACAUUGGCAUGCUCUCUGAUUCCGGUCAGCAAGUGGUUUUACUUUGGUGGCCGCACAGACUUUGACAAACUCCAGGUAGAGACCAAAGACAUACUGACAGAAGUCAGGAAAAUAAAGCACAUGGGCUGCAACAUCUCCUCCUUCUACCAGAAACUGGCAGAGGACAUUCAAGCCAUCAUGUCGCAUGUGACCGUGUUGAAGCAACUGGAGCAGCAGCUGCCGUUCUUGAAGGCGCGCACCUUAGCUGUGGACACUUGGGAUGCAAACAAGCUCAGCGCCGCCCUGCAUGGCUGGAAUCUGGAUGCCUGCGCUCUCACGCUGCUGGAGCACAACAUCUCUGGCCACGCCUUCCUUCAUGUCCUGAAAGAGCAAGACUUUCAAGAGAUGGGCAUCACAGAUGAUUUGACAUUACGCAGGCUGCAAGAGAUACAGGCCCGCAUGCAGGGGGAAAGCCAGGAGAUCCUCCGCAAUUGCUCGGUCGGUCCAAAGUUGAAGCAGGCUUUGGAUGACGUCAUCAAUGGUAUCAUCGACCUUCAGAAGAAGUACCAGUAUGAAUGA